AUCGAGUCUUUCAACAUUUUAUAUCUGAUAAUGAAAAUGACAUUUCUGCCCAGUUUUCAUAAUUGUUUGUUGUUAAAUGGGAAAUGAACUAAAAAUGUCAUUCGUUACACUCGAUUUUUAAAAUAGUUUCUCCAUAAUAUCCUUAAAAAACAUGUAAUAUCCAUGUCAGCUUACAUAUUAAUGAAAAAUCUUAAUAUAAAGAGCAUAUCUUUAUCAUAAAAUGACAGAAAAUGUUGAGAAAAAUACUGAUAAUAAUUCCUGGGAAAAUCUCAGGAAUUGGAUACAUUGUGUAUGUGUUGUAACAUUUGAUUUAGAAAUAGGCCAAGCAUUAGAGACUACAUUCCCAAAUGAUGUUACUUUGAGUAAACAAGAAAUCUCAAACAUAUGUUAUUUAGCAUUUCCUGAUUCAAAUUCAGGAUGCAUAGGUGAUACUAAUUUUAUAAUAAGAUUGCAAACUAGUCCAACAAACAGGACUUUGAAGAGAGAACACCUCAUCUAUAAUUCAAAAUGUCCUCAGGAGCUUCAAAUAAAUCCUUCAUAUUUCUGGGGAUAUGUUUAUUUCAGGCAGGUGAAAGAUCCAUCAUUACCAAGAGGUUAUUUCCAAAAGAGUUUUGUGAUAGUAAGCCGCUUACCUUUCAACAAUUUAUUCUCAAAAAUAUCUUGUCUAAUUGCUCCUGAAUAUUUUCAAAAUGGUGAAUUGAGUUUGGAAGCUGUAUGUAAUAAUAUAGACCGAUGGCCAGCUCCAAUUCCUGGAAUUCCUAUCAGCUUACCGUUAUUGGGCUCCGUUUUUCAGAUGAAAAUUCCUAUGAAUGGAAAUUCUGGGACAAUCAAAAAUAUCAAUUUCUCUAUUUCUGAGAACUUGGAAAAUCAUAUUCAAGCGUCAGUUGAAGAUUUGAAUUUUUUCACAAUCCUACAACCUGUCAUGUCACACAUUCAUUUACUAUGGGAACUGGUUUUGACUUGUGAGCCUUUAGUUAUAAUUGCACCGUCUCCAACACUUUGUUCCAAUAUGGUCCUUGCUUUAACAAGAAUAAUAGCACCUCUUAGGUAUUGUGGAGACUACAGGCCAUACUUUACCAUACAUGAUAGUGAAUUCAAACAGUAUACUAACAAAAGUCCUGGUCCUCCACCAGUUAUAUUGGGGGUAACAAAUCCAUUCUUUGGAAAAACUCUCUUUCAUUGGCCCCACUCAAUUAGGCUAGAUGAUACUGAUCAAACACAUUCACAUAAAUUGAAGAAGAAAACUAACAUGAAGUUAUUAGAUAAUAGUCCCGGGGUUUAUACCACAUAUAAGACAUUUCUCCAAAAAGAUAAAUCUAUUAUAAAGAAGCUGGUAAAUGGUGUUACAAGAAAAAGGCCUUCAGAAGUCCAAUCUGCUCUACUGAAAAGACAUUUGCUUGAACUAACACAAAGUUUCAUGUUUACACUUGAGAGGUACAUCGCUAGUUUGAUGCCUUUGCAAAAAAAUAUUUCACCCUUUAAGGCCGCUCCCAGUCCUUUACCUUUUAAUCCUGAUGACUUCUUCCAAACUCUGGAAACAGCAGGUCCUCAAUUGACGACUGGGAUCAAAGGAGAUUGGGUAGGAUUGUACAAAAAGUUUUUUAGAUGUCCAAAUUUUGAUGGAUGGUUCAAUACAAGAUAUUCAGAAUUAUAUUCGAAACUUCAGGCUCUUCACCUAGAGGCUCUCUCAGAUGCUGAUCUGAAGUUAUGGGUGCAAGGUCGUCCAGAAGUUGAAGUUGUUGAUAUGGUGAUCAAAAUACGGAACAAAAUCAACGAAUGCAAAGAACAUAAUUUACCUGUCAGUGAUAGUUGUAAAGUUGAAGAACAAUUAAAUCAAAGACUUCAAGACAUUAUAAGCUCUCUUCCCGAUGAUAUGAAGAAUAUUCUAAAAGUUUCAUGAUAAUAUCGAACAAAAUAAUUGAAUUAUUGUUACUAAUGGCUCAAAUUGUACAUUAUUUUUGUAUGUGGAAAAAGGCAGAUGUUAGAUCAAAAUACGUUGUGAUUAAAUGAUUUUACAGUUUAUUAUCAACUUUUAUAUCCAUUAUAAUUCAGGUUCUAAAUGAUAUACCUUUUUGAAAUAAGUGCCAAAUCCGAUAAGACCAUUAAAGAUAUCAAUUUUUAUAUUAAUCUUUGAAGUGAUCUGAAGAAAUUUUUUAUCUGAAAGGCAUACCUGAAUUUAUUAUCGUUAAUCAUAAUUUCUGCAGCUCUGUUAAAUUUUUAAAGAAUCUGGAAAGAUAAAUAUAUGUUCAACAUAUUAAAUUCAAGAUUUUAUGUUGAUUACAAGUAAGUAGUAAACAAUUUCUGUAAUAGUAAUAGAAUUACCAGUUUGCGAAAUAUUGAUUUUUUCCAUUUUUAUCUAAAAUAUCAGUGAAUUAAUCUUCUUGAAUUUAUUGUGUAUGAUUUGUUUUUAUAAAUAUGAUUAUAGUGAAUGUCAUAUUUUCAAUACUUUAAUCUCUUGAAUAUAUACUUGUUAUAUAAUUGACCUUUACAUCAAAUUGUAAUUUUUUUGAAAUAUAAAACUGUUGAAUCCAAA